AUGCGCAUCCUCAUCACAGGCUCCAGCGACGGCCUAGGCCUCCUAACCGCAAACCUGCUCUCGCAGUCUCACCAAGUAAUCCUCCACGCCCGCAACACCUCCCGCGCCCACGAUGCCACCUCCGCCUGUCCUUCCGCUCACACCUGUAUCACCGGUGAUUUGUCCACUCUGGCCGGCAUCCGCGCCUUCGCUGCCGAAGCAGAUAAACACGGCCCCUACGAUGCCAUAAUGCACAAUGCAGGACUGUACUUAGGACCCUUCCGACGCACUGAAGACAAUAUGCCAGCACUAGUCGCUGUAAACACAAUCGCACCUUACCUGCUUAGCUGUCUAAUGCAAAAGCCCAAACGCUUGAUUUUCGUCAGCAGUGGAUUGCAUCAAAACGGCAAUGCUGGAUUGGAAGACAUCACCUGGCAACAAAGGGGCGAGGGAAAGUGGAAUGAUGCACAAGCAUAUGCGGAUUCAAAAUUGCAUAAUGUGGUUUUUGCGUGGGGAUUUCAUAGGAGGUUUGGCAUUCCGACAGCGAGUGUGGAUCCUGGGUGGGUGAAGACGAAGAUGGGAGGGCCAAAUGCGAUGGAUGAUUUGGAUGCUGCGGUGAAGACGUUUGCCAUGGUGUGUACCGGCGAGGGAGAGGCGGGGAAGAGGGAGGUAGGGCAUUACUAUCAGAUGAAGCAGAGAGGCUUCAGAGAAGAAGCGAAAGAUGUGGAGACGCAGGAGAAGUUGUUUGGGAUUCUCGAGGGGGUGACUGGUGUCAAGGUGCCUGAGUAG